AUGGCUAUUAUUACUAGAAGUGGCAAAGUGGUAGCGCCUCUUAAAACUCCAAUUAUAGAUUGUGCGGAAGAGGACGAGAAGCAUGAUGGAGCAGUUGAGCCAGAGGUUGAGGUUGAAGAGCGACCUGUUGUGGUUGAGAAAAAGCAUGAGCUGAGUCCUGAAUAUGUGCGGUCUAAAGCACCUUACCCAGAGAGGUUCAAGAAAGAGGCUUAUAACAAACAGUAUGGCAGGUUUUUAGACAUCUUCAAGAAGCUGCACAUAAACAUCCCUUUUGCAGAAGCUUUGGCAAGUAUGCCUGGUUAUUCAAAAUUCAUGAAGGAUCUUUUGUCAAGGAAGCAUAAGCUACAGGAAUGCCAGACAGUGACACUUACUAAGAAGUGUAGUGCCUUUAUUCAGCAGAAGAUUCCGGCUAAGCUUAGUGAUCCGGGGAGUUUUAAUAUCCCUAUUGCCAUUGGCAAUAUUUGCAAUGGUAGAGCUCUUUGUGAUCUUGGGGCUAGUAUCAACUUGAUGCCUCUUUCUGUUUAUAAGUCUUUGGGGAUUGAAGAAUUGAAGCCUACAACGGAAGGAAGUGGGAAGCCUUUGCUCUUAGGUAGGCCCUUUUUGGCUACAGCCCGUGCUCUAAUAGAUGUUGAGCAAGGAAUGAUUAAGUUGAGGAUGAAUAAUGAGGAGAUUACUUAUAAUGUUUCUGAGGCUAUGAAAAGACCCGAUGAGCAUAGUGAUUGUUCUCAAAUUGAUGUUUUUCAAGAAAUAGUUCAACAGAAGAAGGUGCGUCCUCAAGAGAUUGAUUAUGAGUUGAGAGCCUGUGAUCAUGUGCCCUUUAAAAAAAAGGAAGUUGCUGUGGAGGUGCUUAAAGAAAAAGUUGAUGACAUAGAGGUUGGGGCACCUAAGGUUGAAUUGAAAAUUCUGCCUAAUACUUUGAAAUAUGUAUUCUUGGGAGAUGAAGAGACAUACCCUGUAAUCAUCAAUAAGGGACUAUCUUCUGACCAAGAAAAGAAGCUG